AUGCCUGGACCGCAACGGGAUAAAAAAUGGCGCCAGGAAUGGCAAAAUUCCGCACCCCGUGCCGAAUCCUCGCGACCUCAAGAUUCCAUCUUCGAGAAUGCUGAGAACGUUUUACUGGACCCCGACCGCAGCCCCGAAGACAAGCGCUUCGCGGCUCUCGCCGGCGCGCCCCAGCAAGUUUCCCCUGAGUUGCUUCUACCAAUGUGGAUCCCAGCCCGGGAGCUUACGGCCACCUUCUCGGAUACCGAAAUUAUGACUUCGCUUGGAUCGACGCCCCAAACUCUAACCUGGACGUCCAACCUCGGCCAUCUUCGCGAAUUCAAGACCGUCCGUAACGCUGGAAUCAGCUUUCAGUGUACUGACCGGGAUAUCUGUACGAAAUUGGGGGGAGAGCCUGUGACCAUUUGCGGCCGCAAGUUCAAAGUCCAACCGUACUCGAAAUAUUCCUAUUGGUACUAUGUGGAUCUUCAACGCCUGCCGGACGACGCAACGGAUGGGCUCAUCUACGACUGGUUUACCAAUCAAGGCACUCCACCGGUGUAUAUCACGCCGGCCCAUAUUGUUGGAGGUCUUCGCUCUCGCAGCCGUCGGGUUUACUUCAACCAAAAGCUGCCUCCAGCGUCAGUGAUGCUGAAUAAGCGCACCCAGCUUCGCCAGAUCCAGUUUACUGGUCAAGGCUACUCGGUAGUGCAUCACCGCAACCGCGCCUACAACAGCGUCACCCCGCCUUUCAUCAAGGAGCUCCGUGAAAAAGGUCGACAGGCUCGCCAACCCAAGCCUGCUCCUCCUAGUCCGGACUCGGAAGACACCGGCAGUAUCCCGCCUGCGUUCGAUGCCAAGAGCGAUACCAGCGAUAGUGAAGCAAUGGUCAAUGACUCCGCCUCAGAAGGUGAGCCACAUAGUGGGGAUCAAUCUGACGGGGAAACCUGCCAACGCAGUACUAUGGAUGGAAUUGAGUCUGCAGUUGUGGCUGACCCAAAAUCGGUCUGGCCUCACGAAAAAGUACCCAAUUUCCCAGUUGGCUCGACUCAAUCCACCGACUUUACACCGGCCCGUAUCAAGCGCGCAAAGUGUAUGGUCCUGGGUACUAUCGCAGAUCCAGAGGUAGAUCUGCGUCGCCUUCCACCCUCUCAGAAGGGAUAUCCGACGGUGGCGCCAGUUAACUCGUACGAAUGGUUGAGUGAUGUGACUGAGGGCGCCCUGAAUGCAGCAGUUCACCAAGGCAAUGUGGAACAGCUCUCGCUCCAAGAACUCUGCGCUGUUAUUGAAGAUUACUUGGGCUCCUUUUGCUCGUUGACUGACCCGGACACAGUGCUGUCUACAGUCCAAGCCCAGCCCAGUCUUCACCGAGUCCUGUUAGACUCGAAGGCAGAGGAUAAUUUCCACCACCUUCGUGUCAAAGCCUUCGGGCACGCCGUUCUCCGAGAGUUAUCCACACGAACCUAUCCGUCGGAAGAUGAAGGCAGUGUGUUUGACCUACUCUCCAAGCUUUAUCCCGACCAGCAAGGCUUCGAUUUCCAGACCGGCUUGGGACAACUGUGUCCCGAUCAAUCGCAAUUCUGGUUCAAGUUACGACUGGCGGAAGCGGAUCUGGCUCUACAGAUUAUUGCACCCAGUAUCUACACGGACCCGCUCAAACUGAGCGCGCUUGUUUACGGGUAUAAAAAGCUUUAA